AUGCACAUCUAUGCUUCUUCUGGUUUGUGGAAAUCGUCCAAAAGAAGUGGAUGGAGAUUUCUUGUUGAUGAAGUAAAAGGAGGUAGAUUACUUACUUUGGACACAAGCAAAACCUUUGACAACCUAAGAGUUAUGGUUUGUGAAUACUUUGGAAUCGAUGUAAACAUGGUCAAUAUCGAGCUCAGUUACUUACCUUCUGAUUUGGUCAUUGGCAUCGACUCACCACCUGUAUUCAUCACCAAUGAUCGGCAACUCAAAAAUUUUCUCACCUAUGUGAAGAACAAAGCUUCGACACACGGCCCUGCGCCGGAGUAUGAAUCUCUAGUUCCUCGAUCACGAGAAUUCUCAUCCAAGAAAGAGAUGUACUUCGCGUUAGACGAGCCUGUUCUCAUCGACGAUGGUACAAAGAGCUUUUGGUUAGAGAAAGCAAGUGGGAAGAGGUGUAUCAUGUUAUCUGCGAUGAACAUCUCAAUCAUAUGGGGAGACACUCCUCAGUAUUGGGAAUGGAUUACAAUUCCUGAAUCUAGGUUUAAAAGAGUCGCAGAGCUUCUUAAUGUAUGUUGGUUUGAGAUACGAGGCCGGGUGAAUACUCGUGUCCUAUCUCCAAGAACUCGUUACUCGGCUUACCUUGUGUUCAAGAAAGCGGAUCACUGUUACGGCUUUGAUGACGUGGCUAUAGAAGCUGGAGUUGGAGUGGUGGGGCAUGAAGCUUCUACUAGAACCAUAUGCUUUGAAAUGGAUGAUGAUGCUGAGGGAGAGAUGGGAUGGAUCUACCCACAGGAGAGGGAAGAUGGUUGGAUGGAGGUAGAGCUUGGUGAAUUCUUCACUGGAGGAGAUAUGAUGGAUAGUCAUGAGAUUGAGAUGAGUGCUUUGGAGACUAGGGAGCUAGGUUGGAAGCGCGGCUUGAUCAUUCAAGGAAUUGAAAUCCGUCCUGCAAAUAUCCAGUAAAGAAAAUAAUGCCGGGAGUAUUCAUCUAUAUUGGUAUUGGUUAUGCCAUUGAGUGAAGAGGUACAAUCCAAUUGAUAGAGGUAUCCUUGUUUAGUUGGUAUA